GAGGGAGGGGAGAGAGGAGAAAGCCGAGCGCGGACGUCAGGAACAAAAGCUCCAGCGGAGUCUGGCGGAGGCACUAGGGGAGCAUGGGGUGUUUUGAAUAAUUAUUAAAAUUAGCGUGUGUCUGCGCCAUCCUGUGGGUGUGGCGCAGAGCGGAGCGUAAACUCCAGCCGGGCCGGAGCAAACAUUGGAUUAGCGGCAGCAGCCUGCCAGCCUGCCGAGGAGUGCGGGGACCAGCGCGCGGCACGCCGACCGGCACGAUGGCCUCGUCUCAGGGGAAGAACGAGCUGAAAUUCGCCGACUGGAUGGCAACUCUGCCGGAGAGCAUCCACAGCAUCCCCCUCACCAAUUUAGCCAUCCCAGGAUCUCAUGAUUCCUUCAGCUUCUACAUCGAUGAAGCCUCACCCGUAGGGCCAGAACAGCCAGAAACCGUCCAGAAUUUUGUCUCUGUGUUUGGAACUGUAGCCAAAAAGCUGAUGCGGAAAUGGUUAGCCACUCAAACAAUGAACUUUACUGGUCAGCUAGGAGCUGGGAUCCGUUAUUUUGAUCUUCGAAUUUCCACCAAGCCCAGAGACCCCGACAACGAACUUUACUUUGCUCAUGGUCUGUUCAGUGCCAAAGUCAAUGAAGGCCUUGAGGAGAUUAAUGCAUUCCUCACAGAUCACCAUAAGGAGGUGGUAUUCUUGGACUUCAACCAUUUUUAUGGGAUGCAGAAAUAUCACCAUGAAAAACUGGUCCAAAUGCUGAAAGACAUCUAUGGAAACAAGAUGUGCCCAGCGAUUUUUGCCCAGGAAGUUAGUCUAAAGUACCUGUGGGAAAAAGACUAUCAAGUGCUGGUCUUCUACCACAGUCCAGUGGCUCUGGAAGUGCCCUUUCUCUGGCCUGGGCAGAUGAUGCCAGCACCCUGGGCCAACACCACAGACCCGGAAAAACUGAUCCAGUUUCUUCAGGCAUCCAUCACUGAGAGAAGAAAGAAGGGAUCGUUUUUUAUAUCUCAGGUGGUGCUGACCCCCAAAGCUAGCACUGUGGUCAAAGGAGUGGCCAGUGGCCUCAGAGAAACUAUCACAGAAAGAGCUCUUCCUGCCAUGAUGCAGUGGGUUCGCACUCAGAAGCCGGGAGAGAGUGGCAUCAAUAUUGUCACUGCUGAUUUUGUGGAACUUGGUGAUUUCAUCAGCACUGUCAUAAAGCUCAACUAUGUCUUUGAUGAGGGAGAAGCCAACACUUGAUAGUACCAUUCGGAGCAUCCACGAGUAAGACAGAGAAGACUCAUUGUAUUAGGCAUAUUAUCUAUAAACACUCUGAUCUUCCUAUUCCACUGGGUCUCUGAGGGGAUUAGACUGGUAGUGGGUGGGAAAAGGGGGAAACCAUUUCUUCAGUGAUUGUUAUCAUACUGCAUUACUAUAAAUAUUUCAUUUCCCAUUUGAUGAGCAAAAUCUGCUUCUAGUGUUAGGGAUAAAAAAAGACCAGUGAAUUUUGUUUUUCAGAAUUAGUCUUUGCAACGUAUAACUCAUGAGUGUUUACGUGAUUGCAUUUCUGAUUUCAACCUAGGGCUCCUACACUGAUUUCUCUAACUGAACCUUUCCACUCCCUCUCUCGCUCGCUCUUUUUAAUCAGAUGCCGUAUGGGACUCAAAACAAUUGAAUGCCCAACGUAAUGUGUAUUACAUUGUUGUACUGAAAUUUGUUUUUGUGAGACUUGGUAUAAUAUAAUAUCCUCUAGUCAUCUGCAAUUGGUCCAUCAUUGCUAACUUUUGGUCAUAGAAAAUAUGCAUCAAGUCAGUUUCCCUGCAUCAGUAAUAUUGGAGGACAUAAUCAGUAAUUUUUGUGUUAUAUGAAAAUAACAGUGUUUCACAGUAUUUCUAUUUAAGGCAGCUAUAAAUAUAGUGUAAAAACUUUUUUGGAAGAACAAUUAGUGCCAACUCUGUAGCGAAAGAUGGGGGAGGGGGGAAGAGAUGGAUGCCAUUUUAAUUCAGGAAUCUCUUAAAUAAUAUUGCCCAGCAAAUGCUCAGUAAAUGAAAAAUUAUGACAAAUGUGUUAAAAUCGGGCAACUCUGAAAACAACUCUUACAAAAAUCUCCCCUAACAAUUCUCUUGAUUAAAAAAAAAAAGGUAGAAAAGAAAGAAGAAAUAAAUAAAAGAUUGUGCAAGCUUUCGUAUGAAGUUGGGAUCUACAAACAUGUAAUUCUAAAUCCCAGAUUUUGAGGAACAUAUUUUGAGAAGCUUCGAUUCAAAUUUUUACUUGAAGUUGAGGAAAGAGGAAAGAUGGAAGAAAGAAAUAGAGCAGUUUUUGAAACGAUGUCCAUAAAAUCUCAAAGAUCAUGAAAUGUCUUUAGGAUAUUCUUACAUACACGUGAUCUGGGCAGAUGCACUGAAAAUUAACACUGACCCAUCAUUUCUGGGUUCUGUCCUACCCCAGAAUAGAGACUGGGGCAGAAGCAAAAGUUUUACAAAACAUUUCAGUGUCCCAAGAUUUGAUAGUCCAGGUCUACGGGGAAGAAAAAUGGUAGCAGGACUUUGAGCCUCGCUUCCUCCGUGGUGUCUUUGUGAUUUUUGACAAUGCUAAGAUGAUUUUAAAAAAGCACAAUAACCCUCAACUGUGUGCCUCACAGGAACAUUGUGAGGCACAACUAAAAAUCUAUAAAUUCCUGAAAUUCUUAUAAUUAUGAAUUAUUUUAUCUUCAUGUUUAGAAAUAAUUGCAAUAAUAGUCCCUUGGGAAAGUGCGGUCCAUGCAAAGUAGGGCCAUAGGAAAAUAAAAGCAUGCCCUCAGUUUUUAAUUAAUUUAAACAUAGAGCAUGUGGUUUAAUCUCUUAGACCUAGGCAAGGGGGUUGAUUAUGUCAAGAUUGUGAAUAAUCAAGAGCUGGUUAUAAGAUUAUAAAUACUCAUUGUCAAAACAUAGUAUUUAUUAGCAGCUGCAGGGAAGCAAGAGAAAUUGUUUAUACUGAAGAGAAUGUUUAUGCAGAGUGUUUGGUCUGCUCAGUAGACCUGGUAGCAUGCAUAUACAUGCAACAGUUCCACAAGCCAGUUGUGCGUCUACGUCUCACUACGCACAGGAUGCCAACGUCUACCCAUCCUGCCAGUGGACAGAUACAAAUGCACACAGACAGACACACAGACAUGGGCAAACACAGCCACAGUUCUUCUUUUUAAGCAAAAACACUGAUAAUAUUAAAUCAUUUAAUUUUGAGACUGAAACCCUCAAGGUAUAAAAAGAGUGAUAAGACCUUUGAAAGUAGAGUGGCUGACCAUAUUCAAAUAUUUUUGUAAAAAUAUUCUAGCUUGGGACUUAAUUAUUUACAAAUAGACUUUUCUUUCCAUCUUCCCUCCUCUUGCGGUUUAUUGUCUUUUUAGCUCUUUCACCUGCUCUUAGUGUGCAAUUGAAUAUGAAUCCUUUUUAAAGGACUGUGGAUUAUUGAAAUUUGCUUUGUGAGCAGACUUUCUCUCUGACAAUUCAUUAUUCAUCCCUCAGUAGGAUCUUUAGCCAAGCACACUUGCAAUGACACAAGGAUUUAACUUAUAAAUAUGACAGAAAACAAAUCUUUCAACAUAUUAAUGAAGAACGAAUAAAAUAUAGAGGUAACUAUGUUGUAUUUUCUUGAACUUAGAUGCUUUCUUAUAAUGUUUGCUUAGAAUUAGCUUUGUCAUAUUUGUCAUUUGGGUGCUGGAAAAAACAAACAUGCUGAAGCUUUAGACUAAUUGUGCAGUUUUUUAACUGGAGAAAGCUUUUUAUUGCUAUUAGUGAUAUGCACACAGAAAGCUUGUUUGACAGAAGGUACUUUCAAGUCAAUGCUAUGGUUUCCAUGUGGACAUACAGUCCCUAUGUAGCAGGCACCAAGAAUAAGUGGACUUGCCUUAAUUUCUAAAGGAGGGAACAGGUAGAAGUGAACUAUGGGUCCUCCAGCUAGAGGGAGAGUCACCAGGAGGGAGUCCUUGGAAAGGGGAAUGGAGAGAAGGCGCCUUUGGCUGUCUUCUGUCCAUUGGCCCUGCCCUGGAGCACAUUUAGGGAGCAGGCUGUGGGCCUUAAAUAAAAAGUGGGGGUGAGGACUAGUAUUAUGCAGUCAGAGCUUACCCUCAGCCUAUGCUCCUUUGUCUUAGCAGGGCAUUGUCUUUCCAGAGAGCUAGGAACACAAGGGCUACAAAUAGGCCCCAAGAUAGUAGGAGAUACAUCUUGGUGCACUUUUUUUUUUUUUUUUUUUUUGCUUUUUCUUGAGACUUUAUGUCACAAGUCCUGCAAGGCAAAAAACAGAAACAAAAUCCAACUUUUACCCAAUCUGCAGCAGGAAAUCAAAGAAGCGGGUGGGAUGAGGGGAAAAUACACAAAGAAUAUCAUUUUUUGGGUUUGCUUUCCUGUCUGUAAUUUUGAAGGACCAAAAUGGUGAACACUCCUGCCAUUAUCAUUUCUGUCUCCCUUAUUACUACACAAUCAUAUGAGUGCAGAGAAUGAGGAGCCAUCUUUUAAAAGCCUUAGGAUAUUCCAUAUGAUGACCUCAAUAUUCACUUUCAGCCAUACUGGGAAAACUCACUUUUCAUGGAGCGCCACCUAACAGUGAACGUACUGGAGCAUGAAGUGUUUGGCAUGUGUACGCCUGUAUGUGUACACACACGCAAACACACACACACACACACGGGAUACACAUCUCUCACACACACAUUAUUCAAGUUAAAACUGCACUCUCUAAUCACUCAACUUGAUUCUAUUGCCAUUUUAACCCUUAAAAUCAAUAUUUCCUACAUUAAUGGGCAUAAACAUACUUCAGAUAUUUAAAUAUUUAAGAGAGAAAGAAAUCACUAGAAAACCGGUGAACAAUGAGACCAUCAUAAAUAAGAAAUGCCUAGCAGUAAUAGUCUAAAUACAUUGUCAAUUAUACUUCAAGCUGGAGAAUUGAAGAUGGACUUGAAUAUAAAUUACAAACAAACACUCAUCUUUACUUAAAGCUGUUUUAAGUUCGUUGAGGUCCUGACAUGUUUUAGCCAGUUACCUGUUCAGGUUCUCCCCUGUGAGCAUUCCAGACUGGAAAGUUGAAAGUCUCAGGAAAUGCAUGUUCUCAUGAGUUUCCCGUUCUAUAGUUUUACAGAUUCAAUGACACAAUCUCCUAACAUUUGGUUACUCAUCCAAAUGAAAGCUCCAUAGGUAGAGUGCUUGAGUUUUGAAUUGCUAACAGAAAAUAAUGCACAGUGUCCCUCAGGAUAUGCUAAGCAAGGUUUUAAAAAGUAUUUUAUUUUACAGCACUUUAGUCUUUCCAAUUAGAUUUCAGUGACACAGUGGUGUAAAUGCUAUAUUUGCCAUAACUUCUUGGUGGCUCCUGUGUUACACACAAUUUUAAACAAUGCUCUAAAUUGUUUGUUUUCCCAACAACAUCAAUAAAAUGUUCUGUAGAAUUUGUAAAAUGUAUUGAUUGAGUCUGUUGAAAAUUGUGCAGUUUUUAUUUCAUUUGUGAUACUAUUUUGUAGGUAUUAGUUCUAAAUGUAUAUUUGUAUGAGUCAAAAGUAUGUGCGUAGGUAUUAGUUCUAAAUGUAUAUUUGUAUGAGUCAGAAGUAUGUGCUUGUAUGUGGUUCAUGUGUUAAUAUAUUGUAUCUUACAAAAAAAUCAAACUUAUCCUAAAGAAAAAGGGCACAUUAUGACCAGCCUUAAUUCAUUGCCAUUUUUUGUUGUUGUAAUUUGGGAUUAAAAUUUAAAGAGAAAUUAUGUUUUUGUUUAAAAUGGUCUUUUA